AUGGAGGAAGUCCCCAAGCAGAUUGAGAACAGCGGCAGCAGCACCUGCAGGAACUUCUUCCGCUACAUCAAGGAGCGCUUCUUCCUGUUCUCCAGCCUGAUCAGUGUCGCCUUGGGGAUUAUAUUUGGCUUGUUAUUGAAGUUUUACGUGGAACUGACAGAAACGGACAAACUGCGCAUCGCCUUUCCAGGAGACGUCCUCAUGAGGAUGCUGCAGAUGGUUGCGGUUCCUCUCAUAGUGACCAGCGUCAUUACAGGAGUGUCUGGUCUGAGUGUUAACAUCUCCAGGAAAAUUGCUAUGCGUGCGGCUAUGUACUUUGUAGGGACGACACUCAUUUCUGUGAUUAUAGGGUUAGUCUUGGUGCUGUCGGUCCGGCCCGGAGCCGCCUACACUGUAGAAAAGGAGGAGACUGAAGAUGAAAACUUCUCCACCAUCGAUGCCUUGCUGGACCUUGUGAGAAACCUGUUGCCAAAGAGUCUCAUCCAGGCUUGCUACGAGCAGUACAAGACUAAGAAGCUGGAGUUUGAAACUUUCAUAAUGGAGCCAAACUCUACAGUGCAAAAGAACAUAACUGAGGUUCAGCUGGUGGGUCACUUUGUGGAAGGAGUGAACACGCUGGGCCUGAUUAUGUGCUCAUUCUUCCUCGGAGUGACCCUGAACAAGAUGGGGCGGAGAGGAACAGUCUUAGUGGAGAUCUUCACCAUUCUCAAGCAACCACCAAAUACAUUGUCAACAUGGUCUUGUGGUAAAGUUAUCCGCUCCUUUAUUUGUAUCUCCUCCAGGUACCUGCCAUUUGGAGUGCUGUUUAUGAUUACAAGCCAUGUUAUCGAGGUUCAUGACUGGGAGACCACCUACAUGCUGGGAAAGUUCAUGGCUAUUGUUCUUAUUGGCCUCUUCAUCCACGCCCUUAUAGUCCUGCCGACGGUGUACUUCCUGGCUGUGAGGCGGAACCCGUUUCUGGUCUUCAUCGGGGUUUCUCCCGCCUUACUGACCGCCCUGCUCGUCUCCUCCAGCUCCGCCACGCUGCCGCUCACUCUGCGAUGCUGCGUGGAGAGAAUGAAAAUGGACCGCAGGAUCGCGCGCUUCAUGCUGCCCAUCGGGACCAACGUGAACAUGGACGGAACUGCCCUUUAUGAGGUGAUCGCGGCCGUUUUCAUCGCCCAGCUGAACAAGAUCUCUCUGGACUUGAGCCAGAUUCUCACCAUUGCAGUGAUGGCCGCAGUGUCCAGCCUCGGAGCGGCAGGGAUACCCGCCACAGGAGCAGUGACCACCCUCUUCGUACUGUCCGCUGUUGGCCUGCCGGUGAAGGAAGCCUCCAUGCUGGUGGUGGUGGAAUGGCUGCUAGACCGCUGCAACACUGUCGUCAAUGUUUUGGGAGACUGCAUCGGCUUGGCAAUGAUUAACCACCUGUCUGCUAAGGAUCUUGCAGAAAUGGAGGACUCGGACUUGGAGAGUGGGAGUACGACUUACAAUGAGGCUGAAGCGCCCGACGAGGAAAACCAGAGCCCCGCAGUGUCCCAGUACACCCUGCCGGAAGCAGUAUAACUCCAAUAGUUCAGCCCCAGGAGCAGGGAUGAUCCAGCGAUAAAAAGUUGGGAUAUCUCUUUGACAUUUUGAUAAUUUUAGUGAUAAAUUGUAUUAUUUGUUGUAGCACUUAUUUUGUAUUUUGAAGAAGAAUUAGCUGUAGAAUUUUUUGUCAAAGUAAUGUCUUUAAGAGCUUUACAAUUUAGUAAAAUGUAGUAGAUUUUGUUUUUGAAUUUAAAUGAAUGUUUGCGUAGAUAUUGAUUUGAUGUUAUAGAUGAUCAAAUUAAUGUAUUUGCAUUUAACAAAAGUACCAAUA